UUAAACACUGCAAGCGCACAAGCUUUUUUGUUCCCCUCUUACAUAUUAACUUCCCUGUUUUUAUGAGCACUGAGAAACAGCCGCGCUACUGUGCAGCCACUAGCUGAUUGCACCUGUGUUCUGACUUUCAUAUAGGACUUUUACAAUGAAUCCGGCUCUUCCCGAGGAUGUAAAGAACUUGCUGACAGACUUGGAAACCUUUAUAUUGGAUGUUUUAAAGGGGGAGACUCUGUCAAAGAAAGCCAAAGAAAAGAAAGAGGUCCUGAUAAAGAGAUUGAAGGACAUCAAACACAGCUAUCCUCAAGAUUUUCAGGACAAAGAGACCGACGAUCAAGAGGAGAAUGAUGGGUUUUCCCUUCCUCCUGAUGCUGUGUCGAUUGCCUCUGAUCGUGAUAAAGAUGAAGAGCUGCCAUAUGACGGAAGUUUCUACCCAUCUGUUGCAGCACAGGAUCUUGACUAUUUAAGGGCAGGAUACCUGGAAAAACGCAGGAAAGACCACAGCUUUUUUGCAUCUGAAUGGCAAAAGCGUUGGUGUGUACUUACUAACUCUAUGUUUUAUUACUAUGGGAGUGAUAAAGACAAACAGCAGAAAGGUGCGUUUUCUCUUGAUGGAUACAGAGCCAAAAUGAAUGAUACACUAAGGAAGGAUGCGAAGAAGGACUGCUGUUUUGAAAUCCUUGCUCCGGAUAAGCGUGUCUAUCAGUUUGCAGCCUCCAGUCCUAAAGAAGCAGAAGAAUGGAUUAAUGUCAUCAUGAAUGCCAGAGGAAAUAUUCCUUCUGAAGACGAGGAGCUUUAUGAUGAUGUGAAUCAGGAAAUGGAUGCUUCCCACGAAGAAGAUAUUUAUGAAGAGCUCCCAGAGGAAAGUGAGAAACCUGUGACCGGAUCAGAGACCCCAAAAGCAACUCCGGUGCCUGUGAAUAAUACAUCAGGAAAAGAAAACACAGAUUAUGCCAAUUUCUACAGAGGCCUGUGGGACUGCAAUGGGGAUCAUCCAGAUGAACUUUCAUUUAAAUAUGGCGAUACAAUCUAUAUUCUCAGCAAGGAGUACAAUACAUAUGGUUGGUGGGUCGGAGAAAUGAAGGGAACCAUUGGCUUGGUGCCUAAAGCGUACAUAAUAGAGAUGUAUGAUAUUUGAGAGGCCUGGAAACCAUCUUCAACCAAAGCACCUGCACAUUAAGAGACGAGACUCACAAUAUUUUUUCAACAAUUGUGUGAAAUUGCUCCGAAUGUAUUCAAUUGCCAUUAGCAGCAUGAAGUACUGUACUGUUGCAAUAUAUUUACAAUAUAGGUAUAUGAAUAUAAAAAUGAUGGACUUUGUUCUUAAGGUGCUUUGACAUUUAUUCUGUGCCUAUUAAACUUGCAUUGCACCAGCCAGAGAUAUUUUAUAUUCCAAUACCUAAGCCAUUCUUUUUCUCGUAUUCUUGACUGCAUAGAUAUAUGUGACUCUGGAUGAAAUGGGAAUUUCCUGCAGUCCUGUAUACAUUCUAAAAUAACCAACAUAAAUAAGAGCAUUUCACUGUUACAAAUGCAUUACAAUGUUUGAAAUCUAAAAUGCUAAUAUUUCUUGAAAUACUGAUUUAGUGUAGUCAUUAUUAAAAUGUAUUGUGUCUUUUACAUCUCUUUAUUUAAGGUUAUAUAUGUAAAAAAAAAAGUAUGUUUCCAAUUAGAUUUGGCUUCAUUGUUAAUUGUGUGGCUAUUUAAAAGGAUUGUCUUAAUAAUAAAUGUUUGAUACACACUGCACACUCUUUCUAUCUGAGAACAGUCCCCGAACAUAUGUUAUUAGAACAAUAUGUGUAAAUCAAGGGUGUGUUUUUAACAAAAAAAAAUACAUAACUGUAUGCAAUGACCUGAGUGUCCAGCAGGUGGCAGGUAUUUGAAACAAAUGAUUAAACAGAAAAUCCUAUCCCCCUA